CUGCAGCGCGAGCAUAUUUACCAGUGGAACGUUUUACGGCAAUCAAAGAGCUGGUACACACCGUGGUGCAUGCUCCAACAAUUCCCACACGUGUCUGUCUACAGCUGUUGGGACACAUGGCUGCCGCAACCAUUGUAGUGCGCAACGCAAGGUUACGUUUUCGUUGCCUCCAGCAUUGGUUAGCCACGGUUUACAUUCCGUCAAAGCACUCUGUCCACAGGCCAGUAGUGGUGCCACGGUAUGUCCGGGAUUCCCUCCAGUGGUGGAUCAACCCGGCCAAUCUUCUCACGGGCGUUCCAUUUCAUCGACCACAACCCUCAACACAAAUCACUACAGAUGCCUCCCUUACAGGUUGGGGAGCUCACAUGGGCAAUCUCACGGUUCAGGGACGUUGGUCGACACAAGAGAUGCUACUACAUAUCAAUGUGCUCGAGUUAAGAGCGGUACGACAUGCUUGCAAACAUUUCCAAGUCCACAUUCAGAAUACAACGACCAGGAUUCUAACGGACAUGGCGACUAUGUUUUAUAUCAACAAACAAGGGGGUGUCCGAUCCCAUUCUCUUUGUGCAGAGAGCACUCGUUUAUGGAAUUGGUGUAUCGCCAACAACACCGUUCUCACAGCAUCCUACUUUCCAGGCAUCGACAACUUAAUAGCAGACUCUCUCAGCAGGCGUUUUCCUCACGACCACGAAUGGGAGGUACGCACGGACGUGCUGACUCGUGUUUUCGCUCGAUGGGGAUUUCCAACAAUAGAUAUGUUCGCGACAGAACUCAAUUCGAAAUGUCCCACUUAUUGUUCAAGAGCCGGAAUAGGACGCCACUCCCUGGGGGAUGCCUUUCUUCUCCACUGGGGGACAUCGUUACUAUACGCCUUUCCCCCGGUAGUGUUAAUUCCCAGGGUUCUGGAAAAGAUCAACAUAGACGAGGCCCGGGUAAUCCUCCUAGCACCGGCAUGGGCUCGUCAGCCUUGGUUCUCAAUGCUCCACCAGAUGUCAGUGAGAGCGCCGUAUCCUCUGCCUUCUCUUCCAAAUCUGUUGACCCAGGACAACGGGUCCCUCGGGCACCCGAGAACCGAAGUUCUGCACCUCACCGCAUGGAUGCUUGCUGGUUCACCGACUCCGAACAAUCAUGUUCUCAGCGAGUCAAGCAAGUGCUGAUGCAUAGUCGAAAAGAAUCCACACGAACCACUUAUGCGGCUAAGUGGUCGAAGUUCCAAGCAUGGUGUACAGACAACAAUGUGGACUCGCGUUUUGCAACCCUACCUUGUAUAUUGGAAUACCUCUUGCAGCUACAUGACAAUGGCCUGGCUCUUGCAUCUCUACGAGUGCACUUGGCAGCAAUCAAUGCCUUCCACCACAGGGAUGGCGAUUUUUCCUUGUUCGCUCACCCUACUACAAAAAGAUUUCUGAAGGGGCUCUCGAAUCUCCAUCCCCCGCGGAGGCCUCCUCCACCCUUAUGGAAUUUGGAUCUAGUCCUUCAAACUCUGACUCGUCCCCCCUUCGAAUCCUUAGCUACAGUGUCAUUACACCUACUUACUAUCAAACUGGUAUUCCUCCUAGCCAUUACUUCGGCUCGCAGGGUGAGAUAGCAGCUUUUAUGGCCUCACCGCCCUAUACAGUUUUUUCGAAGGAAUCGGUGACACUGAGGACCCAUCCGGCGUUUAUUCCAAAGGUUUCCUCUGAAUUCCA